CAUGUUUGUAUACGGUUAGACUUUACAAGCAUGGAAACGUGGUUAGUGAAGCCGAUAUGUCAGAUGUGCUUCAAACUGAACUAUAACCAGAGAACUGGGUAAUAUAUUUAGACUUUUCAGUUUCAGUAAAUGCUAACACGGAUGUACCGGAAAUACACGUGGCAAGCGACGAGCUACUUCCUGGUUGCUGUGUUGACAAACGAAAGAGACAGCCAGAUGGAUUCAUAAUUGUACAAUUACCCGGAAACUAAACCAGUUUUAACUGUGGUUAGCUUUCUUACGCAUUGACAGGCACCAUAGAAGGUAGUUAGCGAACCAGCCUUGCAGAGGCAAUGGACUGGACUAGGCUGCUGUUCGUGUUGUUUGGGGGUUUGUUGGAGUUGUGUUUUCAUGUGUCGGCUAACAGAGGGGGAUCUCCUUCGUUUACUGAUGAAAUCCCAUUCAAAAUCAACUGGCCCGGGGACGAAUUCACCUUGCCAACCUCCGGUGCCCUCUACAAAGAUGAUGACUUUGUCAUCAUGACAACAACAGAGAAGGAGACAUACAAAUGUCUCCUGCCUUCCUUGUCAAAUGGAGACGACGAUGAUGUCAAGGAGUACGCUGGUCCCACUCCAGGUGAUCUACUGGAACCACUGUUCAAACAGAGCAGCUGCUCCUACAGAAUCGAGUCAUACUGGACGUAUGAGGUGUGUCAUGGGAAGCAUGUGAGACAAUACCAUGAAGAGAAGGAGACGGGACAGCAGAUCAAACUUCAGGAGUACAUCUUGGGAAGCAUGACCAAGAAGACUGAGUCUUCAACCACUUCAGGAACAGAGACUGCAGAGGCAGAGAAAGUUGAGGAGACGGAUCCUAAGUCAGAACCGGAGAAAGAGGUUCCCACUAAGAACGUGGAGGGCCAGCUCGCUCCAUACUACCCGGUGUUGAUGGGCCACGGGACGGCCUGCGUCCUGAAACAGAACACGCCACGCUCAAUCAACGUGCUGUAUGUCUGCCACCCCGAAGCAAAGCAUGAGAUCCUCUCUAUCGCUGAGGUCACUACCUGCGAGUACGAAGUAGUGGUGCUGACCCAUCUGAUCUGUGCACACCCCAAAUACAGGUUCAAGUCGUCCCCAGUGAAUGCCAUCUUCUGCCAGGCCCUGUCUGGUUCUCCCCUGCAGCCUCACAGUCUCUCUCAGAUGAACCGGGAGCAGGAACAGCUACUGAAACCUCCCUUCACUGCUCCUACUGCCCCGGAGAUGGAGAGAGAGGGGGGAGGAGGGAGGGAGAGGGGAAGAGGCAGUGGUAGUGGAGGACUAGUAGGCCACACCAUGGAGGAGAGUAUGUCCCCGGUGAGAGAGGAGGCCUCCUCUACCCAUAAGCCCCUGGUGGUGGGCGGGCAGACUCAUAUUACAGUGGGAACCACCCAUAUCUCCCGCCUGACGGACGAGCAGCUGAUCAAAGAGUUCCUGAGUGGCUCCUACUGUCUCCAUGGGGGAGUGGGAUGGUGGAAGUAUGAGUUCUGCUAUGGGAAGCAUGUGCAUCAGUACCAUGAGGAUAAGGAGCAGGGUAAGAACAUGGUGGUAGUGGGCAGUUGGAACACUGAGGAACACCUGGAGUGGGCCCAGAAGAACGUGGCCCGGUCCUACCAGCUCAAAAACGAUGGGGUGCAGAAAGUCAAACUGGUGUCUCACUUCUACGGCCACGGGGAUGUGUGUGACAUGACCGGGAAACCCAGACAGGUCAUCGUCAAGCUCAAGUGUAAGGAGUCUGAGUCUCCCCAUGCCGUCACUGUGUACAUGCUGGAGCCUCAGACCUGUCAGUACGUCCUUGGGGUUGAGUCUCCAGUCAUAUGCCAGAUCCUGGACACAGCUGAUGAGAAAGGCCUUCUAUCUGUCUCCAGCUAACAGAACAGAAGGCCAGAGAGACGGCGAAGAGGAGGGAUGAGCAGAGGGGAAUAAGAAGCGCAAUAGAAAAGGACAUGGAUUUAGGCUGCAUAAAAUGGACAACUGAAGAAUGGAUGCACCAAGGCCCAUGGCACUGCUCAGGAUGUUCAGACAGACAUGGAGAAAGUGUUGAUCCUGGAACGGCCCCUGGAAGCCAGGACCACAGUCCCUAGCUAAUGCCCUGGCUUAGACCUCCUCUAUGGACUGUACCAGACCCAUUCUGCUUCAAAAGCCUUAUGAUAAAAGCAUGGAAAUCCUAUUCUAAAUGGGACAGAGACUCACAAAAUGUGACCCUGCUCACUCCACAAGGCAGUGGAUCUAUGGCCUGGACUUCAUAUCUUCCUUGUAUGCUUUAUCUUUGGCACAUUAGUUCUAGUGUCUUUUCUGGCCAUAUGCCAGGACAGAGAACCACCAAUCAUUCAGAUAACCUCAUCAGGAGAACCAGCUUCCAUGUUGUAGUUGGUUUUAUUGUCAACACUCUAAAUUAUCUUAAUUUAUUUCAGUUUGAUUUGAUGCUUAUCUGUGACACUUUGGUUUUGUAGAUAUCUUUGAGCAAGGAAGGUUUGAAUUUUUAAAUGUGCAGACAAACUAACUGUGGGUAUAGUAAGAUUGGGGUUCUGGUGUCAUGGUUGGGAUCAAUUCCAUUUCAAUUCAGUCGAUUCAGGAAGUAAACUGAAAUUCCAAAUGCUACAGUAUUUCCUCAUUCAAAAGCAAUAAGUUAAAUUGGGAUUUGAAUUUCAGUUUACUUCCUGAAUUGACCCCAACCAUGGUUGUUAUGUUACAGGGUGAGUGAGAGUAACUUAACUUGAUGUGCUGUGAAUUCAAAUCCCCUGAUGUAAUUGACGAGUUCUGAUGAACAUUUGUUAUGUACUGAAUCAGAUGUUUCCUGUGGAUUUCUCAAUCUGGUGUGUUCUAUGGUUAAAAUGAGGGAUACACUGAAAUAAGAAAUAAUUAAAUAAAAAUAUCAUAACAAAAA